AAAACAAACUAAGUGGUAGAAUUUAUAGAUCAUAAACAAGCAAAGUUAUUAGACUGCACGUACCCUAGCUACACAAAAACACAAGGAAAUAAUUAUGGGUGAUAUGUCAAAAGAAAGCUCGGAAUCAUGCGACUUCAUAAUACCAGAGAUCAAGUUUACAAAACUUUUCAUCAAUGGAGAAUUUGUCGAUGCAAUUUCUGGAAAAAGUUUCGAGACAAUCGAUCCGAGGAAUGGUGAAGUGAUAGCGAGCGUUGCAGAGGGAGAUAAGGAAGAUAUUGAUUUGGCUGUUAAGGUUGCUCGUGAAGCCUUCGACCAUGGGCCAUGGCCUCGUAUGUCUGGAUAUGAAAGGGGAAGGGUUAUGAUGAAAUUUGCGGACCUAAUCGAGGAACACGUGGAAGAACUAGCAGCGUUGGAUUCAAUAGAUGCAGGCAAACUCUUUACAAUGGGGAAGGUCUUGGACAUCCCAGGUGCAUCCCACUGCUUACGGUACUACGCAGGAGCAGCAGAUAAAAUCCAUGGAGAGACAUUGAAGUUGUCACGUGCGAUGCAGGGGUACACCCUAAGAGAGCCAAUUGGGGUUGUGGGCCACAUCAUACCAUGGAAUUAUCCAACCACCAUGUUUUUCUUAAAGGUGGCUCCAGCCUUAGCGGCUGGGUGCACCAUGGUGGUUAAGCCGGCGGAGCAAACCCCACUAUCGGCUCUUUAUUAUGCUCAUCUUUCCAAGUUGGCUGGUGUUCCUGACGGAGUGCUAAAUGUUGUGAAUGGAUUUGGAGAAACUGCUGGGGCUGCGGUCGCCUCUCAUAUGGACAUUGACAAAAUAAGCUUUACAGGAUCAGCAGAGGUAGGACGCCUUAUAAUGCAAGCAGCAGCAACAAGCAACUUAAAACCAGUCUCCCUAGAACUUGGAGGAAAAUCCCCUCUCAUCAUUUUUGAUGAUGCUGAUGUUGAUGUUGCAGCUGAGCUUGCUCUUCAAGGCUGCAUGUUUAAUAAGGGAGAAAUUUGUGUGGCUAGUACUCGUAUUCUUGUUCAAGAAGGGAUUUACGAAGAGGUUUCAAAGAAAUUAACAGAAAAGGCUAAAUCUUGGGUUGUUGGUGAUCCCUUUGAUCCUAAAGUUCAACAAGGACCUCAGGUUGAUAAGAAGCAAUUUGAGAGAGUACUUUCUUACAUUCGAAAAGGCAAAGAAGAAGGUGCUGAGCUGCUAGUUGGUGGUGAUCGUCAUGGUGAAAAGGGAUAUUAUAUUUUCCCAACCAUAUUCUCUGAUGUCAAGGAUGAUAUGCAAAUAGCAACGGAUGAAAUUUUUGGCCCUGUCAUGUCUUUGAUGAAGUUCAAAACCGUAGAAGAAGGAAUACAAAGAGCAAAUGCUACAAGAUAUGGAUUAGCAGCUGGGAUAGUAACCAAGAACAUAGACAUUGCUAACACAGUCUCAAGGUCGAUUCGGGCUGGAACCAUUUGGAUCAAUUGCUACUUUGGUUUUGAUUAUGAUGCACCUUUUGGUGGGUACAAAAUGAGUGGUUUUGGGAGAGAACAUGGACUAGAUGGCCUCUAUAUGUACACCCAAGUUAAGUCUGUUGUCACUCCUAUUUACAACUCCCCUUGGCUCUAAGCGUCUAAGUUAUCAAUGUGAACCAAUUUGGAACUCGAAGAAGUUGCAUGUUUCCUUUUGUUUAUUUGCAUAAACAUGUUUUGUACUCCGUAUAAUGUUAUUGAGUGGUAUGUAAUUUGUGGAAAUUAUGUUAUGUAAUAUUUCAACCUUCUUUAAUGAUGAUAUUUAAUUAGGUGUUUAUUUGCUAAA